CAACCCCUCAUAAUCCCACCUCCAUUCAUUUCCUCUCUGUUGCUCUCUGUUUCUCUCUGUUUCUCUCUACCUCCAUGGAUACCCAGCGCACCCCUGUUCUAACUUCCCCUUAUUUCUUGCAAUUCAAGAACAUUGAUGAGCUCCGGCAUUCGCUUCUCUGCACAACUCUGGAGCUGGAACAGACCAGAAUCGCAGCUCAGGAGGAGCUGAAGAACAGAGAUGAUCAAGUUUUAUACCUCAAGAAUCUGUUGAAUCAAGCCAUUAGAGACAGAGAUGAAGCCAUUGAUAAAUCCAAUAAGCUUCUUCUCCAAAAUCUCUUCUUCCAUCCUCCUCCGACGGCAAUUGACGACGACCCCACAACCAGAGGAUCCGAUUCCGACGAGAGUAUCGUUUCCGUUUCAUCUCCCGUUCCUCCGCCGUUGGAAAUCACCAAUUGGCUCCCCGAAAAGCCAUUGCCGGAAAAGGGUAAGCUCUUACAAGCCGUCAUGAAGGCUGGUCCUCUUCUCCAGACGCUCCUCCUCGCCGGACCACUUCCUCAGUGGAGACAUCCGCCGCCGCCCCUUGAAUCUCUCCACUUACCACCGAUUCCAAUCCCACUCCCUACACCGCCGCCGCCGUCGCUUGCCACUAAUUGUGGGAGUAUCAACAAAAAGAGGGCUAUUUCUCUGUGCGAGGAAUCGGAUUCCCCACCAGCAACCAAAUUCCAGAGGCUCGUUUUCCACUGACUUUCAAAAACCCAAUUAAAUUUAUCCCCACUAAUACAUAAUUUUAUAUAAAUUGCACCAAGAACUUGGAAUUACAAAAAAAAAAAAAAAAACAACAAAAAAAGGGUUUUGGGACUGAUCUAGCAUCUGUAUAGCUGCUUGUUAGCUUAGAGUAACUCAAGAAAGUUGUAAGGCUUCAUGUUCACGUGGAUCUGGGAAUAGUUCUACUAGUUUAAUAUUAGUAUACAGCAAAGAGGUUCGAAUUUGGUACUUCAUUUUCGAGUCGAUUUGAAAAUUGUUCGACUAGUUUGAUACUAUCAUUUGGGGACGAGGUUCGAAUUUCUAGGAUUGUAAUAGUAAGUGAUAGUUUAUUAGUGUGUGAGUUUUAAGGGAGAUUGAGGGUGUGGAGAGUGGUUAGCAUAGGGUCCUACGAAUCAGAAUGAGGAUAUUUGCUGGUGUGUGAUUUUGUAUGGAUUUUUAUAUCAAAAGAUUUAGAAGAAGAUUGAUUA